ACCGGGAUUCCUAAAGUCAGAGCCAGAUCACGGAAACUCCGGAUCCGCCCAAGACCAGGAGGUAACACUCUCAUCAGGAGCCUCUGCUUAGACUUUUAGGAGGGUGCCUGCACCGCCCGAUGGCAGAGACACCAGGAGGAGGUACCUGCACGCAGGGUUCUUCCUCUCUCCAGGAAGAGGGAUAUCAGCGCCGCGCGCGGCACAGUCCUGGCGCGACGACGCGCAGGGACGCGCGGGCUGGAGUGGCUUCUGCCCCUCCUCCUACGGAGCGGUGUAGAGACCCGGUGCAGGUCUCUCCUGCCGUACCAGCAGCUCCAGACCUGGCUGGGCUGGACUGAGCCCCAACAGCACGUCUUGGACGUGCCAGUCACAGGAGGAGCUUCCAUUAGCAGCCACAUUGUCUUCAGAGCUGGAGUUGAAAGCUUGGAGAGUGAAGAAAAUUGUUGCUCAGUCUUCCCCAAAAAAUAUCCCAAGAGUCCCCUCUCUAUGCCUCACUGAUUCCAUUCAUUCACUGAACAAAAAGUUCAUUGGUGGCUAUACUAUGCCAAGUGCUGUGCUUGAUGCUUGAACUGUAAGGAAGAAUAAGAGAUGGUCCUACUUUCCAAGGAGAUUACACUCUUCUGGAGAAAUUUGCUACAAAAGGCCUGAAGAAUGAGCAGAAUAAUCUGCCAUUUGGUCAUCUUCCUGGGAGAAGGAGGCUCAGGUGCUAUACAAUAUGUUUGUGCUUCAUGAAUCCCAGAAGCUGCAUAUUCUGUAUGAAUCCCUGGAAAAGAGCAUCCCUGAGUCCUUGAAGGUAUAUGGUGCCAUUUUCAACAUUAAAAAUAAAAAUCCAUUCAACAUGGAGGUGCUGGUGGAUGCCUGGCCAGAUUAUCAGAUAGUCAUUACUUGGCCUCAGAGAGAGGAGAUGAAGGAUGACCUGGAUCAUUAUACCAACACUUACCAAAUCUUCACCAAAGCUCCUGACAAGUUAGAGGAAGUCCUGGCACAGCCCCAGCUUAUCAAUUGGGACCAAGUCUUCCAGAUCCAAGGUUGCCAAGAGAGCUUGCAAGAGGCAAUAAGAAAGAUUUCGGCUUCAAAAUCAGUGCGGGUGGAUUACGUGAAGACGAUACUCAUUAUGACAGAAAUGCCGGUGGAACCCAAUGAUGACCAGGUGGAUGUGAUGGAGUCAUUUAAAAUGCCCAAAGUGGAUGAUGAUACCAAGAAAGGAAGCUUUCAGAACAUUUCCUUGGAUCCCUCCCAUGCAGGGCUUGUGAAUGAACAGUGGGCAUUCGGGAAAAAUGAUAGGAGCUUGAAAUAUAUUGAACGCUGCCUCCAGAAUUUUCCAGGAUUUGGUGUGCUGGGUCCAGAGGGGCGCCUUAUCUCUUGGAUUGUGAUGGAACAGUCCUGUGAGAUGAGAAUGGGCUACACUGUCCCUGAAUACCGAAAGCACGGCUAUAUGAAGAAAACCAGUGUUCACCUUAUGAAUUAUGUUAUUCAGAAAAAAGUGCCAUGUUAUUUUCAUGUGUCAGAACAUAAAGAAGAAUACAAUCAGGCACUGAGGGAUCUGAAGUUUAAGGCUGCUUCUUGUGGUUGGCAUCAGUGGAAAUGCAGUCCUGAGAAAUAUUGUUGAUUAGUGCCAUUUUCUAUUGCAAGCCUUCCUCAUCAGUGAAAAAAAGUAUUAGUUCACAUACAAUCAUGAUAAUUUGUAUUAGCACAAAAACAUCCAAUUAUUUUGGUUCCGUGCAUUACUUAACCCACGCUUGUACAACAUUUUUGUCUUCCUCCACAUUACAGAGAACUAGAAGCUUGAACUUUCCGUGUUAGGUUUUUCCUUUAUGGUGACAGACAUUUCAGAAUUAAAAUCAUCCAAUGUCAAUCAUUAGUGCCAAGAUAACCCUUUCAGAGCAACAUUUUCCU